GCCGCGCGGUGCUGACGCUGGCAGCGGGCGGCGCGCGCGGCGCGGAGCGGAGCCGGAGCCGGAGCGGAGCGGCGGGGCCGGGUCCGGCCGGCGGGUCCCACCAUGGUGGCCAAGCAGCGCAUCCGCAUGGCCAACGAGAAGCACAGCAAGAACAUCACGCAGCGCGGGAACGUCGCCAAGACCUCGAGGACGGCCCCGGAGGAAAAGGCGUCGGUCGGGCCCUGGCUGCUGGCGCUGUUCAUCUUCGUGGUUUGCGGAUCAGCCAUCUUCCAGAUCAUCCAGAGCAUCCGGAUGGGCAUGUGAGGCGCCGGCCGGCGGGCCAGGCCCCCCCAGCGCUGCCAUGAACUGUCCCCCCCGGCCGGCGCCCCGUCACCCCGGCUCGUCGCAGCGGAGCCGCGCGCGGCGGCGGCCGGAUCGCAUUCCAGGUCCCUUCACGAGUCAUUCCGAGUUUUCUAGCCCGUGCCACAGUGCCUUGAACAGCACCACAUGUAUAAAGCAAUAAAGUUAUAUUGUUGAUCUACAA